GUCAUCUCAUUCUUUUCAAGUAAAAAUUGCAGCCGAACCAAAACACGUUUUUGUGUUGCUGCUGCCGAAAUUCGGCAUUUUGUUGAUUUCCUCCGGUAGUUUAGUGCGCAGUUUCUCCGGCCACCAUGACGGCACGUUCCAAAUCCCGGCGGGAUAAAAAUAAUCGUAUCCGCCGCGCCAAGAACAAGGUGAAGGAGCUUAAAAAGCUGAAAAAGACCCUCGGUCUGAUCGACGAUGACGGAAUGGAGAUAAUGGAAAAGGUGAAGGAUAUCACCGAGCAGCAGAAGCGGAAGGAGGAGGAAGAGAAACUCAAACAGGAAGCAAUGGACGAGAUCGUUCGUAGGGAGACCGAUAAGAUAAGAAAGAAAGAGGAGUACAUCGUAAUAGAACAUCCGGAAUCAAAGGUCAAACACAAGUACAAUGUCAAUACGAAACGGGAUCAGUUCGGACAGUACCCGGUUUGGUAUAAUGCCCGGAAAGAGCGCAGGAAGCAGCUGUUGAUGCAGGGUAAAAUCAAGCGGAAGCGCGGACGCCCGGGAAGGAGGAUGCACUUCAUUGAUGCCACAUCAAACUAUCGAGGCGCUAUGUAGGAUACAAAAUCAUCCACGAUUGUCUUGGCUAAUAAUUUGGUUUAAGUUUAUUCUUACUUGCUAUUUCUGUAAACUGGAGGAAACACUUAUAAAUAAACAUUUUUUUUUCGAAAAUUACAAUAUAA